ACAGGGGAUUAAGAGACUGUGGAAAGGUGUUCUCAUGUUUGGGCCUCCCGGAACUGGGAAGACACUUCUUGCUAAAGCAGUUGCUACUGAAUGCGGUACCACUUUCUUUAAUGUUUCUUCUGCAACUUUAGCUUCCAAAUGGCGUGGUGAGAGUGAACGCAUGGUGCGGUGUUUGUUUGAUCUUGCAAGAGCAUAUGCACCAAGUACAAUUUUCAUUGAUGAAAUUGAUUCUCUGUGCAAUGCUAGGGGGGCUUCUGGGGAACAUGAAUCAUCCAGAAGGGUGAAGUCUGAACUUCUAGUUCGGAUUGAUGGUGUAAACAAUAGUUCCACAAAUGAAGAUGGUACCCGUAAAAUAGUAAUGGUUUUGGCAGCCACAAACUUCCCUUGGGACAUAGAUGAGGCACUGAGGUUUGUAUUUGCUUUUCUGCAUCCUUUUCUUAUACUUCUUAAUAUGCAUUGCAAGUGAUAGAAGUAUGCGAUG